GCAGCAGCAGCAGCAGCAGCAGUAAGACCAAACACUCCCUCCCCUUUGUUCCUCCCCGGCCCGUGCCCGCUCGCAUGCGCAGCAUGACACAGGCAAACCUCCCGUUUGUGCCGACGGCGGCGGUCGCCACACCGGCCAUCCCCUCGCAGACUUUUUAUUUUGCCUCGCUGGCGCAGGCAUUGGCCGGCCGGGCCUCCCCGCGCGGAUCGCCCGGGCGUCCGGCCGAAGAUGCUCCCCUGCAGAGUGUCCUGCCGCGGUUGUUCCAGACGGCCAGCCGUCCGAGCGCGACGGGGGACAAUUUCGGCCCGGUUUUGGAGCCAACCGAGGGCACCCUCGGCAUGGAUGAUGACCAGGCCAUGAGCACCUUUCAGCAUGCGGCAUCCGAACCGUGGCCCUGGCUGCGGCAUUCAUUGCCGGCGCUCCAGUCGUCGGCCGCCUGCCCGGUGAGCUCGGACGACUCGGCCGGCGGCAGUGGGGCCGCGCCCCUCGCGCCGCGGGUGACCGUCCGCGAUCUGCGGGUCAAGAAUCUCCUCAUGCAGCGCAUCGCCUCGACCAAGCGCCAGCGCGCGCGUGAGCAGCACCGCGAGCACCUCCAGGCUCGGCGACACACCGUGUCCGCCCUGCGACAGCAGCUGAGUGUGGUGGUCGCGCGGCGCCAGCUCCAGGCGCACAUCCGUGCUGUGGAGGUGGCCCUCGAGGCGCAGAACGACCAAAAGGUCAUGCUCUUCUCGCUCAUGACCCCGGUUCUGGCGGCCGAGUCCCGAACAGCCGAGGAGACCGCCCCUCCGGGAGAGGGCGUCCCUCUGCCGCCCGCGGGCCCGACAGACGCCGCUCCCUCGGCCCGGAGUUGAGGGGUGAGGCGUGGGGAAAAAAAAAAUAGAAACAAAACAAAGGUGCUGA